UUAGUCUUCAUGGAGAAAAUACCUUUCCCUUUACAAGGAAGCAAACAUUAAUACUAAUGGAAUACACAUACUAAAUCCCUUCUACUUUUGAGACAUAGUCUCAAAAUUGAACGCACCACUGUAUUUGCCCUGGAGACCCCGCUAGCUGAAUGUGUCUUUCAGUGACUGGCAACAAUAACUGAGAGACCCGAUGAGCAAAUUGGAACGCAAAAAAGGGGCAGAUUGUGUUUCCUGAGUGACGGAGAACGCACUGUCAUGUGGAUAUGAUGUGCUGGGUCACAAGCUUUAAAUGAGGUGGAAGGUUUUGCUCUGUGCGCCGUAUUCAUUAUGAAAGUGUUUCAAAAGUCUAUCCUCGCUAUAUUUGGAUUCAAUUUUUCGUAUGUCUUAACUCUCUUAUUGUACAAUACGGACAGCUGCACUAAUGUGACUUUCUACAGAAGAUUGGAAAUGGAUGAUCUGAUGUUUGCCGGGAGUCCGAUCGAAGAAAUCAGCCAGGUGGACAAGAGGGCUGAGUGCUUCUCUCAGUGUCAGUGGCGGGUAACGUGUAACAUGGUCUUGUACAACCCCCUUAUUAGAAAGUGUAAAUUGUACACUGAAGCCUUUGAUUCGAGGAGUGAUGACUCUGUUGAAACCGGAUGGGAGUACUAUGGAAUUUCAUGUGCCGACUUUACACUUCAAAAUGCACGUGCAGAUGUUAACGUCAUCAACACUGACCCUAAAGAUGUCUGCAACACCAACAGCAUUGCCUCUAAUGACAACACGUCAUCCUGUUACACAGGUGCAUCAUGGGAAGUGGUGCCAGUCAAGUGUGUGUCGUGCUACAUAGGCAUGACAAGGCAAUCCAUGAUUCCAUCCAUGGAAUAUUCAGAAGAUUUGAACUUUGACCUUACUGCAGGGAUGAAGCUGAGACUGGCAGUGUCUGGAGACACGAUUGACCACAACAAUGUCUUCUUUGAAGCCCAGAACACGGACUUUGUGUACGUAUUGUCUUUGAGAUGGAGCAAAAGCCCAACUCGAGCCGUCUUCAAUACACUGCAGGGGGGGGCCUUUGCUACAGCAGAAGUGGAGCUCGGUGUUUCAGUCAAUGACAUCAAUAACUACGUCAUUGAAAUCCACAUCAGUAAGACUCAUUUUAUGACGUAUGCUGACGGGACUCUGUUGAUGACCAACCAGAUGCGUCUCCCUAUCACUGGUGUCCGACGUGUCACUGUGGAAGGUCUCACGGCACUGCACAGUUUCCACAUUGGCUAUGUGCUGUGCUGAUUUCCACUCAGGACAUCCACAAUUACGCUGCAUCAAGAUAUGACUCUGUGUAGACAUCAUUUGUGUAUGUGUGGCCUUCAAACAUGACCAUCCCGAUUAUGUUUCUAUGUUUGUCAGCACCAUACCCGUGCUCGUGGGUUUCACUGAAGUGGUAAACGUCUGAGACCUGCAUCACUUCGGGCUUUCCUCCCACGCUGACACGCCGUGAUAUGACUGGAAUAAUGUUAAAAGCGGCGUUAAGCCCAACUCGCUCUCACUCAAAAAUGACCAAACAAUCAUAUUCGUAAGAAAGCUCUACCAAAAGCAGUGCCCAACGUGCGAUUCCAACUAAAGCAUGACAUGUGUUUAUGAAUCGCUAUAAAAUAGAGAUGAUGCCAGAUGCUCGCGGAAUGGUGAGGCAAUCCUGCUCCACUGGUAUAGCUAUCAAGCUAGCUUAUGUAGAGGAGAUAUUAUUGAAGUUACCUCUGAUUAAAUAAUGAAAACUGCAUCAAUGGAAUACAUUCAAGUGAGUGAGUGAGUUUGGUUUUACACCGUUUUUAGCAACAUUCCAGCAAUAUCACGGCGGGGAAUACCAGAAAUGGGCUUCACAUAUUGUACCCAUGUCGGGAAUCAAACCCGGAUCUUCGACGUGCCGAGCGAACGCUUUAACCACAGGGCCACCCGAUCGCCCCUGAUACAUUAAAGAAAAAGAUACAAUUAUUUAUCAGAACACUAUUAACGAAAUUCUUACAGUGCUGAAUUUGUUGUUUGUGGUCUUCAUGCUGUUACUCAAUAUCCUCUUACCGAAUUGGCAAAUGAUCUACUCUCGUGCUACCAUUAUCUCUGAAACAUGAAAAUUGGUCUCCCUUUGUUCAAAAUUGUAUCUGAUAUGGGGGAAAACGGUCCCUGCUAGAGACAAAAAUGGGAAACAGCAUCUCAGUUUCUCGGCAAAGGCGUGAGUGAAUGAGUGAGUUUGGUUUUACGUCGCUUUUAGCAAUACCAGCGCCCCUCUCGGCAGAGGAAGCUACGUAGGAUGUGAUAGAUGUUUGGUUGGAAUGAAUGUUUGACAUAAUGCCCAGACGUUACAUCACCGCUACCCAAGCUCAUAAAUCCAUACUGGUCAGAUAUUGUUAGACAAGCACAGUAACCAGUCUCUCAAUUUGAUACAUUCUGUUUCCAAAUGACAAGUUGUUUCGCACUCGGCUGAUCAUUGUCGACUUUUCUAGACUUGCUCUGUUUUACUGUUUGACUGUUUAGUGGAAUUUUGUAGCUUGUAGACAAUAGAAAUUCAACAUACUUGACAGGUUUUCUUUGACAAUCACAGUCACCGGUCUCUCAUCUUGACACAUUCUGUUUUAAAAUGACACAUUUUAUGGUAUUCGGCUGACAAAUGUCGCCUUUUUCUAGAUUUGCUGUAUUUUAUGCAAUAUUUGGUAAAAUAAACGCUUGACUGUUUAGCAGAUUUUUGGUAGCUUAUAGGAAAUAUGAAAACAAUGAAAACUGGUCAGAUAUUCUUUGACAAGCACAGUAACCGGUCUCUUACCUUGACACAUUCUGUUUCAAAAUGACACAUUUUUAGCACUCAGAUGACAAAUGUCGACUUUUUCUAGACUUCCUUAAUGUAAAAGAACAUUUGGUGCAAUAAACUUUUGACUGUUUAGUGCAAUUUUGCAGCAUGCAGGAAAUGUGAAAAGAAUCCAAAGUGGUCUGAUAUUCUUUGACAAGCACAUUAACCGGUCUGUCAUCUUGACACAUUCUUUCUCAAAAUGUCACAUUUUCCCGGCCUCCGGCUGACAAAUGUCGCCUUUUUCUAGUCAUACUGUAUUUUACAAAGUAUUACAGAUGAAUAAACUUUUAACUGUUCAGUGGAGUUUUGUAGCUUGUGAACAAUAGGAAAACAAUCAAUACUGGUCAGAUAUUCUAUGACAAGCACAGUAACCGGUCUCUCAUCUCGACACAUUCUGUUUCAAAAUGACACAUUAUUUCGCACUUGGCUGACAAAUGUCGACUUUUUUCUAGAUUUGCUGUAUUUUAAAGAAUA